CUCAAUUCUCCUUUUGACACGCAGCUCAGAGAGUAAAAAAUUCACCCUUUGUGAGUUCGCCCGCCUACUGGCCACAGAGUAUUCGACUCCAGCGGACACGCCCUUGGAUCUGUUGAACUGGAUAUGCCUGGCUUAUCAUGAGUCAGCACUGGACACUGCAGCUACCAAUAACAACACGAAUGGCAGUCGUGACUACGGGAUAUUCCAAAUCAACAACGACUUUUGGUGCGAUGACGAUCGAGGAACGAACGACUGCUCAGUGGCCUGUUUGCAACUCCUGAAUCCUAACAUAUCGGAGUCUGUCAAGUGCGCGAGGAAGAUCUUUGCCAGACAUGGGUUCGAAGCCUGGUAUGGGUGGCAGCAACACUGCAAGGGCAAAAGUGAACAUCAGCUGAUGAAAAAGUAUUUUAAUGGAUGCGUCCUCUGAUAGAGCAAGCCGGAUCUGCAAAUUGAACAUUUAUGCUAGAAUUAUUUAGUUUAUAGUUGAAAUAUAACGGGCUUAAGGUGCUCAAGUACUUUGAUCAAACAUGAUGCAAAAUAG